AUGGACGGCCAGACAACAGGGACCAGCUCUGCUGGUAAUUCCAGCGACUUUGUCCGCAAAUUAUACAAGAUGUUGGAGGAUCCGUCGUACUCGGACAUUGUUCGCUGGGGAGAUGAGAACGACAGCUUUGUCGUGCUAGAGUGUGAAAAAUUUACCAAAACCAUCCUUCCCAAGCAUUUCAAGCACAGCAACUUCGCCAGCUUUGUGCGCCAACUCAACAAAUAUGAUUUCCACAAAGUGCGCCAGAACAAUGAGGAGACAGGGCAAUCGCCAUAUGGCCCGAACGCCUGGGAAUUCAAGCACCCCGAGUUCAAGGCUAAUAACAAGGACUCGCUGGACAACAUUCGAAGGAAGGCGCCCGCGCCUCGCAAGCCCGCCCAGAUGAGCGAAGACUCCGUUCCGACGCAGCAGAUUGACUUGAUGAACUCCCAAAUCCUCGCCCAACAGCAACAAAUCCAGCAACUGAGCGACCGCAACGCCCAGCUCUCAGUGGACUCCCAAAUGAUCAUGCAGGAAGUCAUGCGCUUGCAAAAGACCAUUCUCCAGCACGAAAACGUCAUCCACAACUUCAUGAACUACUUGUUCACCGUCGAUGCUCGACACCGCCGCGACAGUCGUGCCAGCGGCGCUUUUGCCGCCCAGGAUGGUUCGGCCGUCAACCCGAAUCCAGCCGACGACCUCCCCGCCUCGCCCUUACAGCAAGCCUCCAAGAUCCUGAGCGAUAUGAACUCGCAAAUACAACCAAAUUUGGCGCAGUUUGAAAAUUUGAACGACCCCUCAAAGGCACAGAUGAUUGCGACCCCUCCAUUAGCUUCUGCUGUGCGUAACGGCAUCUCUCGCGCGCCAAAUUCAGCUGGGUCGACUGCUUCGAUGGCCUAUACCAAGAUGAACGGGGAGCUGGAGACGGUGGUUUACCCUGUGGGCACAACAAAUGGCAUCGAUCCGAUGUAUAGCGAACAUGUGAACAAUAUUCCAUACUCGAUCCCGCCGAAAGAGCUGGCUGCGGAACCUAUUGAUCCACGACGUUCCUUUACCGAUAAUCGGAAGAAGAACGCCCUGGUCAAUCCGGGCUGGAUUAAACAACCCAACAUUUUACUUGUUGAAGACGAUGAUACAUGUCGCCAGAUCGGCGGUAAAUUCUUGGGGUCCUUCAAGUGUCAGAUUGAGAAUGCUUACGACGGCUUGCAGGCUGUUAGCAAGAUGCAGUCAGGCAAGAGAUAUGACUUGAUUUUAAUGGACAUUAUAAUGCCUAAUUUAGACGGGGUAUCUGCAUGCCAUCUCAUCCGCCAGUUUGAUCGCACGCCAAUCAUCGCUAUGACAUCGAAUAUUCGCAAGGAUGACAUUGAACUAUACUUCCAACACGGUAUGGACGACGUCUUGCCAAAACCAUUUACAAGGAAGAGUCUUCUCGACAUGCUCGAAAAACACUUGAUGCACCUGAAGACGAUUCCCACGAGCACAAUAGACCCUGUCUCAGCAACGCCCAUGACGACGCAUAACUCGGCGGCGCAAUCCAUCAAGGAGGACAGUUCGCCUGGACAGUCACCCGCCGCAUCCAUGAACAACUGGCAAUCUCCGGGACAGCUCCAGGGAAUGUCACCCGUUCAUCUCAACGUUCAACAGGUGCCACAAUACAUGCAACCAAUGACUCCUUCGGGGACGGCAUUUGCAAUUGACCCAAACGGGGUCCAAUAUGCGACGGCUGCCCCAACGGCGCUCAGCCAACCCCCGAUUCGUGCGCAACACCGGCGACAGGUCUCUGAUAUGUCGAGUGCGCCCGAAGCGAGCUAUGCUAAACGACAGCGCAUGUACCAGAAUCCGCAAAUGAUGCCACAAAUAGCUGGACAACAGAACGGUUAG